CUCACUUAGUACGCAAAUCCAUGAGUUUCCAUGAGUUUACCUGAAAGAGGCCAACCAUUUAUCAAUACAGAAAAUGAAUAGCACAGGUACCCAGGCAAGUAGGAUUCCCCUAAUCUGGGUCGGAACAAUUCUGCUCCGGUCCAGGGACUCAGGGGUUAUGAAAUAUUACCAACGUGAUUCUUUUCAUAACGAAAAAGGCAUGGGUUGAGAUUGACCUCUAAGUGUAUGACUGGUUGUUCCUGAUUUCUCCGACUCUUUCAUGAAAAACGGCUAGCUCACGAACCAUAACGAAUACCCUACGGCUCCAAUUCUGUAUCAUGGCACAAAAAGUGGAAAUGGGAGCCCUGCCACAAUAUGAAUACCUUCCUCUCCCUAAGAGUACUUAUACGCGGGUACUAGAUCUUCAGCCAGCAAUAGAUACCAAUGCUCCUUUACACGCCAGUCUACGUCAUGUGAACUUAGACUACGACCUCCUCUUCGAUGCUGUCUCCUACACUUGGGGUGAACCCAUAUUUAAUGAAGAAAUUAUCAUUGACCAAGCUUCAUCCAUCAAGAUCACCGCAACUCUCCGCGAUGGGUUAGUUCGUUUCAGGUUACCAACUGAAGUGCGACAUCUCUGGGUCGACGCGGUAUGUAUUAACCAAGCCGACGAUCAUGAAAAGGCAGGUCAAAUACCGCGAAUGGCGCAAAUAUAUCGCGGUGCCUGCUCUGUGCUGGUUUGGCUUGGUAAUGACCAAGAAGGUUCUGCCCAUGUGAGAAAUAUUGCCAGAUUGACUCAGCAUCUGCAUAGUACGAACCGUAUGAAGGCAGCUAAUGACCUUGAAAUCCAAGAUAUACAAGGUGCUUUAGAUGGACUCGUCCGUCUUCCUUGGUUUAGCAGGCGCUGGAUCAUACAGGAAGCUUCUCUGAACCCAAAUGUUACCCUUUUCUGCGGAAAAGAUACGGUUCCAUGGCUCAGAGUUCUGUUGGCUCCUACGAUAAUACCUUGGGGACGCGUAACUAGGGGUCGAACCCUUAUCGAGAUCUUCAAGAGCUGUUGGACAUCACAUGUAGGCCUUGCCGCGGGGCGUAAGAAGGGAAUACUCGAUUUACUUGCCGACUUUUCAGACGCGGCUUGUUCAAAUUCUAGAGAUACAAUUUACGCCAUUGCGGGUCUUGCUGAAGACGUCGCGUUUAGAGACGACCAGGAUUACGGCGAGAAAAUCGUCAUUGACGUCGACUAUACGAAAGAUGUUGAGGAAGUCUUCAGAGACUUUGGUUUUGCGGUAGCCUCAAGUGCUCGGCGCCCAACAUGGGAAGGAAGCGAAAAUUUUGGCAAACUCCUGCGGGAGGCUAUUUCUCGGGCAGAUGGUUCCCGUUUGAACGGAUUUUGUUCAUGGGCGCCCGAUUGGCGUCUACCCAAGGCGCGAGUACCGAUUCGACUCGAAUAUGACGACUUAAACCUUUCCACCUGCAAUACGCCUAAAGUCAUGCUCGUGCUACCCGACGCCUAUUAUAUAGGGUCAGUUAAACACAUGUUUAGGUGUUUUCCUAAAGGUGCAAGCCCUGCUGUUGCUACUUCAUGGAUAAAUGAGCUACUUGAAUGGGCUGCAAAGCAAGUAAUAGCCAAUAAAACCAUUACAGAUUGGAGCGACGAAAUGAUGAACAUGCUUUUGGCCCAACUACUUCAUAUAAUGACAGGAGGGGAAGCUAGAUGGACCAGACUAGAUCCGUCUCAAGAUCGCAGAUUACAUCGAAGACGUGUCCAGGAAAAUGCAAGGUCGCUUGGUGUUUUUGAUGCUGCCGAUCACGUUUUCUGGUCAGCAAGGGGCUUCCAGACUUGAAAUAGGAAUUGG